AAACAUCUGGACAACAAAAGGCUUGGAGGAGUUUAAAUUGAGGCAGCUGCGAGGAAACGCAGCAGACGGACGGAUUUCUUCAACAUGAUUCCUGCUCUGGUGCUGUUGGCGUCUCUGCUGUCCGCAGUGGGGGCUCAGUCUCAGGACCACCACGACAUGGGCUGGGUCAACGGGUACCGGCAGAGCUUCAACUUCCAGUGUCCCCAUGGAGAGGUCCUCGUGGCUGCCAGGAGCUACUACAGCGAGGAGCAUGGCAUGGACCGCAUGUGGUCAUUUGAGUGUCAGCCCACACCUGAGGGUCUGGGGCAGCCGAGUGACUGCUGGUGGGACGACAUCAGCCGAGCUGGGAUGGAGUGGACUUCAACUUGCACUCGAAACGGGCUGGUAGCAGGUGUACAAAGCAAGUACUUUGAAUCUCUCCUGGACCGGGAAUGGCAGUUUUACUGCUGCUACUACAAACGCCGCUGUCCCUACUCCUGCAUGAAAACCAAUGACAUUCCUGAACACCACAGAGAAGAGGCAGAGAUGAUUGUCCCCAGCUAUGGAUACUUCGUCCGAGGUGCCCAGACAACUUUCAGUGGAGUGCUAAGAGAUCGACAGUGGAAGUACAUCCUGUGCAGGUGGACAGACUUUGAUUGUGAUUUUGAAAAUUUGUAGAUCGUAAGCAGCACUUUUUCCCUCUCCAUUUACAGUUUGAACUAAAACACAUACUUACUCUUACAUGUAAACAGAAACUGACUUAAUAGAUAAAAAUGAUACUUUUUUUUACUUGUGUAUAUAGAUCAACAGGCACGUGUUAUGAACCUGUAAAAUGUUUUUCUAGCAUGGAAAAUAUCUGCUCUGAAACUGUUAGAAUAAACAUGAACACAAAGGGUCUGCUGGGACUCCUUUGGACUCCAUCAGACAUAUUGGAGAGCUAAAGUGUUUUCAAUUAGUUGUGGUAGAAACUAGAAGUCUUUUGGCAGCAUGUGUGAAAGUCUCUCUCCAAAGCAAACAAUUAUCCGAAGCCGUGUUCAUGCUGGUGGAAAACACUGCGUCAGGCUGCGCUCCAAGAUCUCUUCACGUGACGGCGCUGGCCGUGCAGAAUGGUUCUCACCAUCCACACGGUCAUAAAAGCAUCCAGUGUUGUGAGGUGUGACUGAUGGGGAUAUUGUGUUGGAGUCAACACUUGGAACAAUUGUGUAUUUGUUGGAAGUAAUGAGAAGCUCUUUCAGAAUCACAGGGCUUUGCAUGCAAUGAAAAAAAAAAACUGCAUCUGCUUUCAAUUGAUUUUGCUUCCAUUCUUGAUUAUGUUUCUUCUUCAGUUAUGCAAUAUAAUGUACGGGAACUCAUGUAACUACAACGUGUGAAAAUGGGAAUAAAACCAUCCACCUCUUUU